AUCCCCAACACACUUUUUAUUCCAUGACUGGCUUGUUAGACUUAAAAGAACACUUGGUGUUUUACAGAUCAUAUCACACAAACCCCAAGAAUGUCAACAUCCAUUUGAUAUGUAUCCCAAUCAUUUUGACAAGUGCAAUUGCCAUUCUCGCUACGUUUGCGCUUUCCAAUCCAUACCUCAACUUGGGAGCUUUUCUUAUUUCUAGCUUCGGAACCUUUUAUGUCUUGUUGGACUGGAAGGUUGGUAUCCCUACCGCUUGUGUUUACGGAACCUUUGCGUAUGCCUUCACCAACUACUACCACUUUGUGGCUGAAUCUCCGUUGUCAUACUUUACCCAACCGGACAUUUUUAAGUUUGCUGUGUUUGUGCAUGUGGUGGCAUGGCUAGCUCAAUUCUAUGGUCACAAAUUUCACGAGCAGAGAGCUCCUGCUUUGUUGGAUAACCUUCUUGGAGCAUUGGUGUUGGCACCAUAUUUUGUGUCUUUUGAGGUGGCUUUCUGGUUGGGAUUCAGACAGGAUAUAAAGGAGUACAUGGAUAAAGGAGCAGCCCAAAAACGGCUUGAAUUCAUGCGGCAGCAACUGACGAAAAAGACUCAAUGAACCGUAUUUAUUAGUUAUGCUUUAACGAUUGUUGGUAUUUGGUG